GUGCGCGGGGCCCCUGGCGGGUGGCGGCGGGGGCCAUGGCGAGCGAGGGGUCGGCGGCCCCCGGGCCCGGCUGCGCGCGUCUGAGCGCGGCGGGGGCGGCGGCGCUGCUGUCGGAGGUGGACACGCUGCUGUUCGACUGCGACGGCGUGCUGUGGCGCGGGGAGACGGCGGUGCCCGGCGCCCCCGAGACGCUGUCGGCGCUGCGGGCGCGGGGCAAGCGUCUGGGCUUCGUCACCAACAACAGCAGCAAGACCCGCGCCGCCUACGCCGACAAGCUGCGGCGCCUGGGCUUCGGGGGCCCGGCCGGCCCGGACGCGGGGCCCGAGGUCUUCGGCACCGCCUACUGCGCCGCGCUCUUCCUCCGCCGCCGCCUGCGGGCCGAGGGCGGGGACGGGCACGGGGACGGGGACGGGGACGGGGACGGGGACGGGCCGCCGCCCAAGGCCUUCGUGCUGGGCAGCCCCGCGCUGGCGGCCGAGCUGGAGGCGGUGGGCAUCCCCAGCCUGGGCGUGGGGCCCGACCCGCUGCCGGCCGGCGGCCCCGGGGACUGGACGGAGGCGCCGCUGGACCCGGCCGUCCGCGCCGUGGUCGUGGGCUACGACCCGCACUUCAGCUACAUGAAGCUGGCCCGGGCGGUGCGCUACCUGCAGCGGCCCGGCUGCCUCUUCGUCGGCACCAACAUGGACCACCGCCUCCCCCUGGAGGGCGGCCGCUUCGUCCCCGGUACCGGCUGCCUGGUCCGGGCCGUGGAGACGGCGGCCCAGCGCCGGGCCGAGGUGAUCGGGAAGCCCAGCCGCUUCAUCUUCGAGUGCGUGUCCCAGGAGUAUGGGCUGGACCCGGCGCGCACCCUCAUGGUGGGCGACCGCCUGGACACGGACAUCCUCCUGGGCGCCACCUGCGGCCUGCGGACCCUCCUGACCCUGACCGGCGUGUCCAGCCUCGGGGAGGUGGAGAGCUGCCGGCGGAGUGACUGCCCCACCCGCAGGAAGAUGGUCCCCGACUUCUACGUCGAGAGCAUCGCGGACCUCUUACCCGCUCUCCAAGGUUAAAGACUCCGGAUGCCUUCUGCCGCGCCCUCCCCCUCCCCCGCCCCACCCCCCCAAUAAAAGAAACGCCACCUCCCUCUCCUCGACCGGUGGGCGGGCGUCCCCGUCGGCCGGGGGUCCGACGGAGGCCGGGCCCAGGCCCCCCUCCCCUCCGGCCUCCGGCUUGCACGGGGGAACGGGCUGGGCCGCGUCCGUUUACGGGUCUCUGUUUUUUUAAGAUGCACUUUGAAGACGGGGUGGGGGUGACGCACAUCGGGCUGAGUUCCGGGCACCCCUUCCCUGCUAGGGAGACCCCCCCCCCCCCCGCCGUCUCCCCCCCCAGCCCGUGGCGGGCGUCGAGACCGACGGCUCCCGUUAGCCCCAGGACAGCCCGGGUGGAGGAGGCCGGUGUUGAACCGGGCCGCCCGAAGGCGUGGAGCCCGGCAGGUCUUUCAGGGCCCCUGCCCCGCUGGGAGCGGACCCUCACGGCCCUUCCCGACGCCCAAUCUACCGCUGCGUCUGGGCUGCGAUCGCAGUUACCCUGGGAGUCCGGGACUCACGCCUGCUUCCUCGCCCCCACCCCCCACGGACUCCCACGCCGACUGCCCCCACGUCACGAGCGUUCCCCGGUCCUGGUCGAUCAAGACCCCGCCGACCGCCCCUCCGGCCCGGGUGCUGACGGAGCAUCGCCGGGACACCCGAGCGGGACGGGAAGGGGCGGAACCCGUGGUCUCCGGCGGGAAGACCGCGCCGACUGUCCACCCGGGCGGCCGAGAGACCCUCCCGGCCCCUGCCCGGGGCAAGACGGGUCCGGGGCCUACCGGCCGCUUUCGGACACCUUCGGGAGACGGCCAGGCGUUUUGGGGUCACCGUUGCCGUGGCGGGGGGCGUGGAUCCCCAAGGGUCUCAGGUUUGGGUCGAGCGAAGCCCCGUGCGCUCUGGUAAUGACCCGAGAGCGCCUACGGGGCCAGGAGAGGCUGCAUGCUUGACUUUUCCCCCAGCACCGCUGUAACCGCCAAUAAAAAGUCAGUUCCGAUGA